CAUGCCACUUUCAUACCCUGCUGCACUUUCUACGCUGGAAGAGCAGCGGUGAUCCCACAUGCACCUCCAAACAUCUUUUUUUUUCUUGUGAUUUUAAGGGAGAUUUUAUUUAGAGGCGGCGCUUGUUGGCUCCAGAGUAGCGUCGUAACGACACUUUUUUUUCCUCUCCCCCCCAGUCCCUGUUAAAAGAGUUUGACCAGGGCCAGAGUUGGUGCUGGGGGGUCGCCUAUAGCUUAGUAAUAACCUGGGGGGUGAUUGCUGCGUUUUUAAAAAAAAAAAAAAAUCCCAGCAGAUUUAAUAUUUUUUUUAUAUAUUUUAUUUUUUUAUUUUUUAUUUUUUUUCUACUUCUUCUGAAUAUCGCCACUCUAAGAUCUGAUACCCCCUUCGAGAUUUCUUUUUUUCUUUCCCCUUUUCAGAUCAUGAACAAACUAUAUGUCGGGAAUUUAAGUCCUUCGGUCACUGUCGAGGACUUGAAGCAGCUCUUUAGGGAGAAGAAGCUUCCAGUGCCCGACCAGAUCAUACUGAAAUCCGGCUAUGCUUUUGUGGACUUCCCCGAUCACAACUCGGCCAUAAAGGCUAUAGAGAUUCUUUCUGGUAAAGUUGAAUUACACGGAAAGGUGAUAGAGGUAGACUACUCUGUUCCCAAAAAACUAAGGUAGGCCUACAAUCUAACACACACACACACACACACACACCCUCACUCUCAUGCACACACACACUCAUUGUAUCCUACGCCUAUACUGUGCCCCAUGGCAGCCUGUGUGUGACCUGUAGGCUUCCGCUGUGAAAUAUAGCAAGCGAAUUUUCCCCCACACUUUUCCUCGGCUGCUGCUGCUGCUGCUGCUGCGUGUGAUUUGGUGCCACGCCGCCGCCGUCGUGUUGCUUCUUGGCGGUGGGGAUUUUUCUUUCUUUCUUUUUUUUUUUUGCAAUUGUGUGGUGAUU